AUGGGCGCGAGCCUGCGGAGAUCGUGUGCUUACAUGCGCUCGCACGGUACAUGGAACCAACCCAUGGCACCUCGAAGGUGGUUCACAAACACAUGCACUUUAUCACCAAACCUUCUGACCGUAUUGCAGCUUCGCAAGACACAGAAAAUGAAGCCAAUCAAGAGAAAGGGGUUCCUUUCACGCCUCGCCGAGAAGCUCGACGUCCACCCCAACAGAGACCCAAGAUACAACAACGAGACGACAUUUCAACAGCCCAAGCCAUCGCACAAUCCGGAAACGGUACUUAAAGUCGUAACGGAUGCCGGGCCCGCUGAGCUAGACGCGAGACGAGCGGCCAUAAUCGCAGGAAGGGUCAUCGAGAGCAACGAAUACACACUGGAACCCGGCCAACGCGGAGUGGAGUUACCCACGUCUCAUUCAUUUCCCAACAACACCAACAAUCGUCCUCCCAUCGAGCGCCGGGACACACCUCACGCCGACGACGCCAACGCCCGACGGCUGCGCAAAGCCUCCGCGACGAGCAUCCGGGAGCUGAGAUGGCUCAUUCGAGCGAAGUAUCGACUAGACGUCUACGUCUGGAGCAAGCGAGGGGUGCAGAAGGCCAUGAGGCCGUAUAUCCUAGCGGAAGCGAAGAAGUCUGAUGCGCUGCUGUUGACGAUCCUCGCGAUUGUGAAGACUUGGGAUAGGGAUUUGUUCAGUGCCGAGGAAUGGAGGCUGGCGAAGAAGAUCAAAGAGAAUCUGAUUAAGAGCGAGAGCCAGUAUGUGCUGUGGAAGGAUUCGCCGCCUUGGGACCCGAAGAGGUCGGAGGCGGAAGAGGAAGUUGACGACGAAGCGUGA